GUGAACUAAUCGCUCUCGUGCGGAUUGAGGUGAUGUGCACGCGCAUACGUAUGCGUAACCGGAACAGAGUCGUCAUCAGCGCGCUGGGUUUGCUCAAUAUGAUGACACACUUCUUUAGAUCUCAAGAAGGAUGGCGUCCAUGAAGAAGUGAUCUGACUUUCUGCCAUGGAUAUCACUGGAAGAUAAAAAUGAAACUUGACUUCUGUUUAAAACAACAAAUCAUAUGAUCGAUUUCCUCACACUCAUCUACUAAGUAGUUAAUUUUUUGGCUAUCUGAAAGUUGUUUUUUAAUAUUACUACAUCAUCAAAACAAUGGUGGACAACCGCUACGCCACCGCGCUGGUCAUCGGCUCUGUGCUGAGCCUUCUUGCCACCGUCUAUCUCUCUGUUGCAAUGGGAACGCAGCACUGGUUCCAGUACCACAGUCAGCCGGCCAGCAACGACGUCAACAACGGCUCAGACCUGCACAGCCUGCGGCAGGACUUUGAGGGAGAGGACGUGGAUGAGAGGAGCUACAGUGUUGCUUUGUUCCGGUUGAAUGGCACACUGGGUCUCUGGUGGCGCUGCAUUCUGGUGCCCCGAAGCUCACACUGGUUUAAAGAGCCUGAUCUGAUAAUGGUGACUAAAUGUCAGGCCUUUACUUUGCCCCAGCAGUGGGAAUCCAAGUUCAUAUCUCCUGGAAAUAUUAACAGUGGAGAAGAUCUGCUGCGUACAUACCUGUGGAAGUGUCAGUUCCUGUUGCCGCUGAUCUCUGUUGGACUGGUGUUUCUCGCGGCAUUGAUCGGAGUGUGUGCCUGUCUUUGCCGCAGUGUCACUCCCACCCUGUUCGUAGGGAUCCUGCAUCUGCUUGCCGGCCUGUGUACUGUGGCCACGGUAUGCUGUUUCCUCGCGGGCGUGCAUCUGCUACAUAAUAUAUCAGAGCUUCCCGAGGGUAUGGACUACUCUCCGGGCUGGUCCCUGUUUUUGGCCCUGAUCUCGUCUCCGCUGCAGAUCAUGGCUGCUGCGCUCUUCAUAUGGGCUGCGAGGAGUCACCGCCAACACUACACUCGAAUGACAGCCUACAGGGUUGCCUAGGCAACAGUGUACUAACUGUAGAGUUGCCGAAGCGAUUGCUUCAGCAGCUGCUUUUACCACUAACCUAGUAGCUGUUAUUUACAAAAGUUAUGAAGGAAACGGUCUGAACACACCACCCAAAGUUAGUAGGUUAAACCAGCGCCGUCCACUCAUAGCACUCUCCUGUGAAUACUUGCAUCUCUUGAAGGAUCUUCCUACUAUAUAACUGCCUUUUUAACCACUCUGUUGACAUCUUUGCUGUUUGAGAGGAGAAACUAAACCUAUAAUAAUCAAGUCACACUCCAGUAGUUCUUCAGGGCUUCAUCAUUUAUUUAGACGCAUUUAACCUGUUGACUAAACUUAUUUAGAUGUGGUAGUUUCGUUUCCUCUGUGUUUUAAAAAAACACCACCGCCUGUUUUUGUAGCUAUUUUAGCACUGUCCAAUCCCAAGAUGCACUAGGGUUUUUGCCUUGGCCUUGGCCUGAAAGACUGAAUGUUUCCAUCUGUCAUUAUUACCACUCGAGCCUUUUGUGUUUUCCUGAACAUUCGUUGUGCUUAUUUAUUGCUUUGUUUCUUGUGCUUUACAUUGGUUAAACUGUUUACCAUUUAGUCUCUCUUUGAGAAUGUAUUACAUUAUGAAUAUUAUAUUUGUUUGGUAACUUUGUUUAGAAUCCAAUUAUGUUUUGUGAUGGUUCAGGUAGCCAUUUAAAACCAUCUCAGCUGUGGUUUAUAUUCUUAUUUAUACUUUAUUUGAAACGUUAAUUUUCUCAACACGGUUCGCCUCAGUUUAACAAAAUUCCUAGGCAAUUUUUGGCAUAUAAAGCCAAAAAUUCAGUAGCACCUCAUUGCAGUACACGAGAUCCAGGGGGCGGAGUUGGAUCCAGAUCUGUGGAGUGGAGUUGGAUAGGUUUAGGGGUGGGUUUAGGGAUCAGGGGGUAGAGCUGGGUAGGUUUAGGGAUUUAGGGGUGGGGCUGGGUAGGUUUAGGGAUCAGGGGGUGGAGCUGGGUGGAUUUAGGGAUCGGGGGUGGAGCUGGGUAGGUUUUGGGGUGGGUUUAUGGAUCAAGGGGUGGAGAUGGGUUGGUUUAGGUGUACGUAAGGUGGGAGGAGUUGGAUCUGGAUCCGACUCCUCCCUGUGGAUUUCAUGUUCUGCAGUGAGGACCAUCUCCAAAAAUUAGCAAAUGAACCUCAAAUGAAAUUAUGGUUAAGGUAGCAUUUGAAGUUUGUGUAUAUCACGCACAGCUGCAUAUAAAAGACUGUUGAUGUCUUUCGGUCAGUUGUAAAAUUUACCCAAGAUUUCACUAGGAUCAUAUUGUAAAACGAUAUGGGAAAAAUCACAGUGUACAUCCAGCUCCAGUUGAUUUCAUCGUGCCACAACAUCUAUUCUCUGUUGUAAUAUUUUGAGAUCGUGUUCUGUUUUUGUCUUUUUAUUCUAAGCCUGUGAGAGGCUUGGUUUUUUCAAAGCAUUCAGGUGAGAGCAGCAGCAUAUGAGCAAUACAGUCAAGAGGAUACCUCACACGCCACAGCCCAAUGUGACACAAUCAUGACGGUGUCUCAAUUACUUCAGAUGGUUUUGCCUUUUUUAUACAGUUUUGUAAGCAUUCCUGAUAAAUGAACAUUUUGCUGGUCACAAUAAAUAU